AUGGGACGUAUGUUUUUGGCUGCAUACACACGCCAAAAACCACCAGCACGGGACGGAAAGGCCAAAUCCUCGCCGUUCAUCGGCUCUAGAAAGAGCGUCCGUGGAAAUGUGUCGGUGGCGUCACGCCGCUCCUUCGUGCGCUCUAUCCUCCAAGACGGCAAGAGCAAGGAGCGUUCAGCCAGGUCUUCUGACGAGUGCGGGCAGGAAGAUGCGAGCGCUCGGACGGAGGACACCACCGGAGAGCCGCUAAAUUCAGAUGAAGAAGUCGUCGAAGAGGAAGAAGUGGAAGAAGUGGAGGAGGAGGAAGAGGAGGAGUUGGAUCCCCGGAGCAGUCACCUGGAAGAGUCAACCAGUGAGCCCGAGCUGACGUCCUCCGAGAGGUUCGAGCAGUGUGCCGCCAAGGCCGGGGUGGAGUGCGUCGACGCCUAUGAGUCGCUGGUGACGCGAGGCCGCGAGUCGUUCAACCGAGGGCAACUCGGCGAGGCUCUGGAUUUGUUCCUCAAGGCUCUCGACAUCAGGCCCGGAGACCCUGAAAUCCAGUCCUUGACCAUCCAGCUGUACAGACAGCUCAGUCGCUCAUAAUAGGAACUCUCCUCAGAACUCUGACGUGUUCAAAUGUUCAGGACAUACAUAUUUGGUGUUUUAGUUGGUUUCAAAACAGACUGCUCGUCUUCUACAAAAUGAGCGGAUAAGAUUUGUCAUCUGACAGGAAAGAGCUCAUGACAAAAAAAUAAAAGCAUUUUGUAUGGUUCCAACUGUAGCCUUGGUGUUCUUGAAAAUCGCCAAGGGUCUGGUGACUAAUUUGGAUUCCUAAUAUCGUGGACCACCGCAUGCUUGCGGUUUGGUGGCCACAGAGCCUCCUAUUCAUGGAUUUGGUUUUCAGUUUCUUAAAAAAAUUUUACAGAUAUUUUUCCACCAAUACAACAAAAUUUAUCCCAUGGAACAUUUUCUAUGCAUUUAUUAUGGCUGUCAAUUAUAUGCAAAUUUUCACUACUCACAGGCCAGCUUGCUCCCUAUACCCCAUGUAAGCAGGUAGCAACUGUUUACCCACUUUUUUGGUACUUGUAUUCAGUUCAUGAUGCAAAACACUUUUCAAAUAACUUCUACACUUUCUGUGAUGUCACAUAGGCCAUGUAGGAGGUUGGCGCAUUGGUUUGUUCCGGGGCUCAUUGAAUGUUCGAAUUGGUGAUCCUUAUGACCUCAACCACCAACAGGGCAGACAAACUACUACUGAUAUCUUGUGAUCGGACAUGAUGACUUUCUAGGAAUGUUGCAUAGUAUUAUUUGAACCUGUAAACACUGACAGGAAUUAAUAGAAAUUAAAUUUUGCAUGCUGCU